AUGCCGCUGACUACGCCGUCUGUCUUCCCUCCCCAAUCCGCCGAAUUCUUCAAGUUUGCGAGCCGCCGGAGCGUCGUGCAGAGUACCAAGGGCAUUGUUUCGUGUACGCAGCCGCUGGCGGCCAAAUGCGGCGUCGACGUGCUGAAUGCCGGGGGUAAUUGUGCAGAUGCCGCUGUGGCUGUCGCCGCAGGACUCAACAUCACCGAACCGUGCUCCACGGGCAUCGGAGGAGAUGUCUUCUGCCUCUUUUACGACGCGAAGGCGAACAAGAUCUCCGCCAUGAACGCCUCCGGGCGAUCCGGGGCCAAGUGCACCCUGGAGACCGUGCGGGCGUCUCUCGGCCUCCCGGACGGCACAACGGGCAAGAUUCCCAUGGACAGCGUCCAUGCUGUGUCCGUUCCCGGGGCGGCGGCCGGCUGGGUCGACGCCGUCGAGCGGUUUGGGAGUGGCCGGCUUUCUAUGGAGCAAAUCCUCGCACCGGCCAUUGAGCUGGGUGAGAAAGGGUUCCCUGUCAGCGAAGGGGUCGCCCACUUUUGGAGGCGCGACGAGGGAGUGAUCCGUCGUGCGUCGCCAAACUUCCGCGAGCUGCUCAAGAAAGACCCCGAUGGUCGCGACGGGGUGCGUCCUCCCCAAGCGGGCGAGAUCAUGAAGAAUCCCACGUUGGCCGAAACCUUUCGCACGCUGGCCAAGGAGGGCAAGAAGGGCUUCUACGCCGGCCGGAUAGCCGAGGAAAUUGUCAAAGUGGUGCAAGACCUGGGCGGGCAUCUCGAACUCGACGACUUCGCACACCACCUCGAGGCGGGAAGCGAGGCGGUCGAGCCCAUCAGUCUCAAGUUCCGGGGCCAGAAUGUCGCUGGAAUCCUGCGGGACGUGCUUCAGGACCAGGGCGGCGACAAGCUCGACCUAGGACUAGAACUCUGGGAGCACCCACCCAAUGGGCAGGGCAUCGUCGCGCUCAUGGCGCUCGGCAUCAUCCAGGAACUCGAGGCCAUGGGCAAGAUCCCGACCUUCACAGCUGCCGACUUCAACAGCGCGCCAUAUAUCCACGCGAUCGUCGAGGCCCUGCGCAUCGCGUUUGCCGAUGCGUCCUGGUUCGUGACGGACCCGAACGAGGUCAACGUGCCGACCGCGUCGCUCAUCUCCCGAGAAUACCUGGCCGAGCGAGCGACACUCUUCUCCCCGGAUCGAGCGGGCGACAUCCCCGUGCACGGCAGCCCGGCUAUGCAGAGCAGCGACACUGUCUACUUUGCCGUCUCGGAUAGCGCGGGCAACGCCAUCUCCUUCAUCAACAGCAACUACGGCGGCUUCGGCACCUGCAUCAUCCCCCGGCAGUGCGGCUUCACGUUGCAGAAUCGCGCCGCGAACUUCUCCCUGGACAAGGCCCACCCAAACGUGCUGGCCCCGCGGAAACGGCCCUACCACACCAUCAUCCCCGCCGCGGUGACCAACCUGCACGACGGCUCCCUCCACUCCGUCUUCGGCGUCAUGGGCGGCUUCAUGCAGCCACAGGGCCAUGUCCAGGUCCUGCUCGGCCAGGUCGUCGGCCGCCUGAACCCUCAGCAGGCCCUGGACGCCCCUCGCGUGUGCAUAGGCGCCGGCAUGCCGGGCAACAGAGACGUCUUCGAACCCACCGUCUACUGCGAGGAAGGCCUACCCGAGACCACGGUGGAGGGGUUGCGGAAGUUGGGCCACAAGGUCAAGGUGCUCACGGGCAUGGAGCGGGUCCUGUUCGGUCGGGGUCAGCUCAUUCGAUGGAGUGUUGAUCCCAUCGAGCGGGUCGGCGUCUGGAGUGCUGGGAGUGAUAUGAGAGGGGACGGAGGGGCGUUUCCGUACUAA